UGUACGUUUCCUAUUGGAAAUAUGGCACACACUAAUAGUGGAUAUUAUUUGUUGCACUAGUUGUAAGUUUUCUGCACUAAUCGCAUUUGAUUUGUUCAGUAUUCCUUCAAAUAUUUGACUGUAGCACACGUGUAGCAUAUACUUAUGACAAGUAUGACAGUUCGAAUACAGUGUCGAAUGUGACACUAGUGCAACAAAUAAAAUCCACUAUAAGAAUAAGAUCCACUUAAAAAAUUGGCAUUUUUCAGAUUUUGAACGACCUAAAUUGUCAUAAAAUUGAAUCUUUAUGAUUGUGUACAUUUUCUAUAUUAAAGCGUUGAUCCUAUUAUACAUAAAUGUUUGUAACACUCAAUCAGCGAACAAAUUAAAUGAGCCACGUAUUAUUAACGGGAAUGAAUGUCGAAAAAAUCCUAAAAUAAACAUCAAUUUCGUUGUAGCCGUAUAUCGUGGGCGUUUCUUUAGCUGUGGAGGUAGUUUGCUUACUCAGAAUUGGAUUUUGACUGCAGCGCAUUGUACGUAUAACGUUGGUUUAUGGCCUAUAUAUGUCGUUGAUGCAGUUAGGAAGGAUGAUAAAGAAUGGGGUGCAUUUUAUAGAAUAAGAAAUUAUUACAUGCAUCCAAAUUUUAGCAUGAAAGAAUCCCAUAGGUUUUUGCAUAAUGAUAUAGCGUUGUUGAGGUUAGACUCACCGAUGCGUAAAAGUAAAACCAUUCAGUUUGUGAAACUUCCCCCCCAUGUUAUCGAAGGAGAUGUAUCUGAUAUCUACGAAGCUGGUUUAUUAUUAGGAUGGGGUCUAAUUUGUGUCACAAAAUUCCUCAAAUUUCCCGAACAUUUAAUGUGCGCAGACUUGACAAUAAAAUCACAUGCGGAGUGUACAAAGUUUUCUAGAUUUUUAGCUACAAGACCGAUUACUGAAAUGUGUACAAUUGAGAGCACAAAAAGUUUUUGUUUUGGUGACUCUGGAGGUCCACUCAUGUGCGGUGAUUUUCAAUGUGGUAUAGUGUCUUUUACCUUUCAAGGGUGUACACCCGGAAAUCCGAAUUUUUAUACAAGAGUGGACAAAUAUUUAGAUUUCAUUAAAUGGACUAUGGAAAAUAGUGCGUCACGCUUAUUACCGUUAUUUUUUUAUAUACCUAUAAAUAUUUUCUACAAUUUAUAUCUACCUAUCUUAUUGUAAUCCAAUCAGUGAAUUCAUAAAGCGA